GGCCAGGAUAUGAGUAAAGGUGGGCCCAGCUGUGUGACACACUGGAAGAAUAAACAGGAAGGAUGUUGGGAGACUUCCUUUCCUUGAGAGCACUAGGAUCUUUCUUUUCUUCCUUUUUAGGUUUCUAUUUAUGCUUUUCUAGGAGUCUCUCAUCUCUGAGAAUAAGCAUUCAAUUCACGGUGGCACACUUCCCUUGCUUUCUUUUGUUUCCUCAUGUUCACACCAUACUCCUGUUUCUUCUAGAAUCACUGACAGUUUUACAUUUAAUUGCCUCCUUUUCCUCCUCACUUUUAGUUCUGAGUCCAGUCUUGAAAAUUUUAUUCUUUAAGUAAUUGCCCCUUUUUCUUUGAAGAUUUUACUCUAAAGAAUUGCCAGCAGAUGUGGUGGUGUAAGCCUGUAAUCCCAUAAUUGGAAAGGCUGAGGCAGGAGGAUCACUGGGAGUUUGAGGCCAGACUGUGGUAAACAGUAAGUUAAAGGCCAGCCUGGACUAUACACAGUGAGACCCUGUCUCAAAAAAAAAGAAAAAAGAAAUUCACCUCCUUUUCCAGUCCAGUGAAAACGCAGAACUAAACUUCAAAGCCCUAACCUCCAAUCCCACCCUUUUUUCCAACAGUUUUACUAAACUUGAUUUGCUUUUCCCCAAAUUCCAUUGUUUUGUACCCCUUCCCUACCCAAGCAAUUCUAAUUUAGGGAGCACCCAGACUGUAAACCACAGUAAGUGGGAGAGCACAUCUUUCUACAAGGUUGGACCCCCAGACCCAGUGUGACUGGGGUUGACAGCUGGGUUUUGUUACACUUUGCUUUGGGAGCAGAGGUUAUUGUAAAUAGAUUCCAACAGGCACCCAGUGUAGGGACAUGAAAGACCAGUCCCCACCACUACCCAGACCUGAGCUUCCGGUUUGCCCUGACCCCCUCACCUCCUGGUGUGUUCCCCUCUGAAAUGAGGUAAGUACUGACUCCACAGGUAUCAAGCUACUUGCAAUGUGUUUAGGAGGACAAAGUCUCCCAAGGUCCAGCCCUUGGGCCUCCCUACACCCCCCAGUGGUCCGCUGUGGCCUCAACCCCUGCAGAUGGCAGUCUGCACCACAGAAAGGCAACUUUGCGGCCCCCGCCCUCCCUGUCCCUCCUGGCUGUAAUUGGAUUCAGGCUGUAACAACCACGUCCCCACAAGGAAAGGAGGGCAUUAGGGCGGUGACGGGAGGAGAGGCUGCGGGAGAAGGGAGGGACCAAACGGGAGAGCAGAGAAGCCUCCCGGCCCACUUCGCCGACUAAGCAGAAGAAAGAUCAAAAAACGGAAAGGAGAAGAGCAAACAGGCCCUUUGAGAAACAAUCCCGUCAUCUCCAAGCCGACCGCGCUCUCGGAAUCCAAAUUCAGUGCCUCCCGGAGACAAAGGCGCCCGACGGGAGCAGCGCGAACCCCAGGGCGCGGGCUCCGCUGGGAGCCGCACGGGCCGCCCCGGCUCCCCGACGUCUCGGACCAUGUCUCGCGGCCCCCGCAGCCUCCUGCUGCCCCUGCUCACGCUCGGCACCGCGCUCGCCUCCCUCGGCUUGACCCAGAGCAGCAACUUCAGCCCCGAGGCCUGGCUGCAGCAGUAUGGUUACCUGCCUCCUGGGGACCUGCGUACCCACACACAGCGCUCACCUCAGUCCCUCUCAGCUGCCAUCGCUGCCAUGCAGAAGUUCUAUGGCUUGCCGGUGACAGGCAUAGCUGAUGCGGAUACCAUGAGGGCCAUGAUGCGCCCCCGCUGUGGUGUUCCAGACAAGUUUGGGGCUGAGAUCAAGGCCAAUGUUCGGAGGAAGCGCUAUGCCAUCCAGGGCCUUAAGUGGCAGCAUAAUGAGAUCACUUUCUGCAUCCAGAAUUACACCCCCAAGGUGGGCGAGUAUGCCACAUUUGAGGCAAUUCGCAAGGCAUUCCGCGUGUGGGAGAGUGCCACACCACUGCGUUUCCGAGAAGUACCCUAUGCCUACAUCCGAGAGGGCCAUGAGAAGCAGGCCGACAUCAUGAUCUUGUUUGCUGAGGGUUUCCAUGGCGACAGCACACCCUUUGAUGGUGAGGGUGGCUUCCUGGCCCAUGCCUACUUCCCAGGCCCCAACAUUGGAGGGGACACCCACUUUGACUCUGCUGAGCCCUGGACUGUCCGGAAUGAGGAUCUGAAUGGGAAUGACAUCUUCCUGGUGGCUGUGCAUGAGCUGGGCCAUGCUCUGGGCCUGGAGCAUUCCAAUGACCCUUCGGCUAUCAUGGCACCCUUCUACCAGUGGAUGGACACAGAGAACUUUGUGUUGCCUGAUGAUGACCGCCGGGGCAUCCAGCAACUUUAUGGGAGUGAGUCAGGGCUACCCACUAAGAUGCCCCCUCGACCCAGGACUACCUCCCGGCCCUCUGUCCCCGAUAAGCCCAAAAAUCCCACCUAUGGACCCAACAUCUGUGACGGGAACUUUGACACCGUGGCCAUGCUCCGAGGGGAGAUGUUUGUGUUCAAGGAGCGCUGGUUCUGGCGAGUGAGGAAUAACCAGGUGAUGGACGGAUAUCCAAUGCCCAUUGGCCAGUUCUGGAGGGGCCUGCCAGCAUCCAUCAACACUGCCUAUGAGAGGAAAGAUGGCAAAUUUGUCUUCUUCAAAGGAGAUAAGCAUUGGGUGUUUGACGAGGCUUCCCUGGAACCCGGCUACCCCAAGCACAUCAAGGAGCUGGGCCGAGGGCUACCUACGGACAGGAUUGAUGCAGCUCUCUUCUGGAUGCCCAAUGGAAAGACCUACUUCUUCCGGGGAAACAAGUACUACCGUUUCAAUGAGGAGUUCAGGGCAGUAGACAGCGAGUACCCCAAAAACAUCAAAGUCUGGGAAGGGAUCCCUGACUCGCCCAGAGGGUCGUUCAUGGGCAGCGAUGAAGUCUUCACUUACUUCUACAAGGGGAAUAAAUACUGGAAAUUCAACAACCAGAAACUGAAGGUGGAGCCGGGCUACCCCAAGUCGGCUUUGCGAGACUGGAUGGGCUGCCCGUCAGGGGGCCAGCCGGACCAGCCGGACCAGGGGACUGAGAAGACAGAGGUGAUCAUCAUCGAGGUGGAGGAGGAGGGCAGCGGGGCUGUGAAUGCAGCCGCGGUGGUGCUGCCCGUGUUGCUGCUGCUCCUGGUACUGGCCGUGGGCCUCGCAGUCUUCUUCUUCAGACGCCACGGGACCCCCAAGCGACUGCUGUAUUGCCAGCGCUCUCUGCUGGACAAGGUCUGACCCCCACUGCCCGCCCACCCACUCCUACCACAAGGACUUUGCCUCCAGGGCUGCAGCAGCAGAUGGUGGUGGGUGGGUUGCUCCUACCCAUCCUGAGCCCCUGUCCUGCCUUGUCUUCCUGCCUGGCCUCUCCCUCACCCUGGUGUUGCUUCUUCCCUUUCUGGGGCCCCUGAGGGCUGAGCAAGAGGGCAGCCCCUUCUAGCCUCUGGCACUCAGGGGACCCCUACAGCUCUGUGUGUGUCCAACCCCAUCUGAAUGUCGUGGGGGCUCUGCACUUGAAGGCAGGACCCUCGGACCUCACUGGUGAAGGUCAGAUGGGGUCAUCUGUUCCUUUUCCAUCCCCUGACUGACCUUAAACCUCUGAACUCUGACCUCAGGAGGCUCUGGGCACUCCAGCCCCACACACCCUAGGUGGACCCCAAUUAGUAGCCUCCCACCACUCUUUGGCUAAAAGGAAUCUAAUUUUGGUGGCAGAGACCGUGAGGGAAGUAAGGGGAAGGACUGCUCUGCCACCUUAAGAUCUAGGUGGAAGCUCAAAGAGGGUCUUGGAGGCUUGGAUGGUCACUUUCCUCUUCAUAGAGAUCUGCUUCUGCCCCCUGCCCUCAACCCUGGAGACCAUCCAAAGGAGGAGCCUGAGCCAUUAGGACUAAGCUGGGGCGGAAGAAACCCUUGGCAGCCCCAACCCCUCUCAAAUGUUAGCCUCGGAUGGGGAUUUCAGGGUUGGAGAGCUGAGGCCAGGGAUGUGGCCCAGGCUGGAAUGGGCUGAGUGGAGGACCAGAGCUGGAGUCCUGGGCAUCAGCCUGGUAGCCGCAGAAGGAGCCUUGGUGAAAUGGCAGGCAGCUGGGGCCAGGACCUGAGGCAGAGCAGUCGGCGGGGAUGGGAAUGAUGGGCAGCGGCAGUGGGUGGCUGGGGGCUGGCAGGCCGCAGGCUGGGCUGUGGUGCCCGGGGAGGGCUCCUCUGUGUCCCCUUUCUUGCUGACUAGACAGCACAAGGGGAUGGGCAGGAGCCAGUAGCCAAGAAAGGACAAGUUCAGGGACUAGGAACUUGGGGACCUUAGGGAGACGGGAGCUAAGAAGGCACAAGUGCAAGCACUAGGAACUUGGGGACCUUCGGGAGAGAGGCCACUUACUCGUGGGAUCAGAGGAGAUUCCAGGGGCCUGCAGUCUGCCUCACCACGCCCAGGGGUACUUCAUGGGGGGUUAGCACCUCCCUGCCACCCACAGUCAGCCCACCUCGCUGUGUCCUGCCCUCACUCUGCCCACCUGGCCCACCCACCAGAAGUCUCCUUCAGCCACCAGACGUGGCCACGGUACUGGGGACUUAGAAGAACGAGACCCUGUGUUGAGAGGAGUGGGAUGUUGGGGGUAGGGUGUGGGGGUAGGGGAAAUGGGGUGAACGGUGCUGGAAGUUCGGCUAAAUUUCUGUCUUGUUUGUUUUUUGGGUUUUUUUGUUUAAUGUAUAUUUUUAUUAUAAUUAUUAUAUAUGAACUCCAUUCAAGUUGUUUCUUUUUGUUAAGGGGCAUGGGGAGGGGGGAGGGGAGGGAGGUGGAGGCAUCUGACCCCAGAAACCUGCAGGGCGGGGCCGGGUCAGUGCCCUCUAAGGACAUUUUUGACUUUGUUCAACCUUUCCACAAAGAAUAAACUGUGUUUCACAUUC